GGCGCCGCUGGACGAGCGGGGCGCGUCGGCGAUGGCGGCGGCCGCGUACGAGGCCGCCGCGGCCGCUGGCGGGGCCGAGGCGGUGGCCGCAGCUGCAAUGAGCCGGGGGGAGCUGCUCCUCGCGCACGCGCGGCGGUGCGCGCGGCAGGGGGCGGGCGGCGAUGCCGCCAGCGGGCGGGAGGCGCUGUCGCAGGCCGCCGGGUCCUUCGAGGAGCUCGCGGCGCGGGCAGCGGAUUCCGAGUCGGCCGCCACCGCGCUCUACAACCUGGCGUGCGCACGGAGCAUGCUGGGCGACGCGGAUGCGGCCGCCGCGGCUUUGGGGCGCUGCUUCAAGAAGCUGCCGAAGGCCGGCCGGGCGCGCUGGGCCAACGAGAUGUUAGAGGACGACGACUUGCGCUGGGCGCGCGAGGGCAGCCCGGAGCUGUCAGCGGCGCUUACCCGCGCGGCGGGGAGGUGACCUCCACGAGACUUGCCUCGGUGGAGACUCUUGUCCAGGGAGGGGUAAUGUUCAGGUUGUGUUUUGCAUGUGUGAUGUCUUUUUUGUUGCCGCGCACGAUGGACAGCGCAAGGAGCCAGGAUGCGAGCGCGUUCCCCGAACACCGCCGCUGGUUUGUUUUGGUACGUGUUGGCUCCGGCGGUUUAUCAAGCAGUGGCGAAGCGUCUUGGCUCGCCUAUAGCCCUACCAAACAAUGUUCUAAGAACCUUUCGUGGUUGCCACGAAAUGGCCUUAGAACAUUUCUGGCUGGGACUGUCUUGUUUUAACACAUCGG